CCAGGGCAGGGGGGGCACAGAGCCGAGCGCCUUCCCCACCCCGUGGAGGGCUGAGAGGAGACCGACACUUUGGACCCCACAGCGUCCAACCGCUCAGGAACCAGCCCGCCAAUAGCAGGCAGGCGCCGCCGCCGCCUCCCGGGCGGCAAGAGGCAACUGCCCCCUCCCUGCCGCCGGGCGCUGAGCCCCGGGCUGCCGCCGCGCCAGGGGCGGAGGGGAGCGGCCGCGCCAGGCAGGGCGCGCUGCUGAACGCUGGAGGGGGCUCUCGGCCGCCUGCUCCUCCAGCCGGCGGCUCCCUCUCGCCACUUCCCCCUCCGGGAGGGGUAGCGGCAGCAGCGAGCGGCGUCCAGUUCCCGCUUCCCCCGGUCCGCAGGAGGCAGCGGGGCUCCGGUCCCUCCCUCUCCCCCGCGCCCAGCCCAGCCCAGCCGCCGCCGCCCUUCUCUCAGCGCCGAGCCAGCCAGGCGGACAUGGCGCCCCUGAUUCAGCUGCCCCCCUGCUGCCCUGCCCCCGCCGCCUCCCCGCGGAGCCUUUAAUGGCUCGGACCUCCGGCAGCCGAGCCCGACUCCUCCUGCGCCAGCCAGAGGGAGCCUAGCGAGCGGGAGCCGAGCAGCCCCAGCGCUGCGUACGACUUAAGAAACGUGUUUUUUGAAACAUGGGUGAAACGGAGCAGAGACCAACAGCCGGAUCCCGGUUAGGAGCUCAGGAAAAUGCUGGGAUCAGUACAUUGGAACAUGGACAGAAACUGCCUAUGACACCUCCAGGAAAACUUAUCUCCAUCAAAAUCCAGAUGCUGGAUGAUACCCAGGAAAUUUUUGAUGUUCCGCAAAGAGCUCCGGGGAAAGUUUUGUUGGAAGCUGUUUGCAACCAUCUGAACCUUGUUGAAGGUGAUUAUUUUGGCCUUGAGUUUCCAGAUCAUAAAAAGAUCAUGGUGUGGCUGGACCUUUUGAAACCUAUUAUGAAACAGAUUAGAAGACCUAAGCAUGUUGUCGUAAAAUUUGUGGUGAAAUUCUUUCCACCAGAUCAUGCUCAGCUGCAAGAAGAGCUGACAAGGUACCUGUUUGCAUUGCAAGUGAAGCAAGACCUGGUACAAGGCAGGCUAACAUGUAAUGACACCAGUGCUGCACUCUUAAUCUCACACAUAGUACAGUCUGAGAUUGGGGAUUUUGAUGAAACCAUAGACCGUGAACACUUAGCGAAGAACAAGUAUAUACCUCAACAAGAAACACUAGAAGACAAAAUCAUGGAAUUUCACCGCAAUCAUAUUGGACAGACACCAGCAGAAUCAGAUUUCCAGCUACUAGAGAUUGCCCGUCGGUUGGAGAUGUAUGGAAUCCGGUUGCAUCCAGCAAAGGACAGGGAAGGGACGAAGAUCAACCUGGCAGUUGCUAACACAGGCAUUCUAGUUUUUCAGGGUCACACCAAGAUCAAUGCCUUCAACUGGGCUAAGGUUCGAAAGCUGAGCUUCAAGAGGAAGCGUUUUCUUAUCAAGCUACGGCCUGAUGUGAAUAAUUCAUUCCAGGACACCUUGGAAUUCCUGAUGGCCAGUCGGGAUUUUUGCAAGUCUUUCUGGAAGAUCUGUGUAGAACACCAUGCCUUUUUCAGACUCUUUGAGGAGCCCAAACCAAAGCCUAAACCUGUUCUUUUUACUAGAGGUUCAUCAUUUAGGUUCAGCGGCCGGACUCAGAAGCAGGUUCUUGACUACGUUAAAGAAGGAGGACACAAGAAAGUGCAGUUUGAAAGGAAACACAGCAAGAUUCGUUCCAUCAGGAGUCUGACUACACAACCUUCAGAACAGCAUUCAGAGGUGCCAAAACAAAGCUGUAGCUUUACAUUUGGAGAUGAUGCAGAUUCCCCAGUGGUGCAGAGCUGCCGGCAAGGGAAGGAACUGAAAGCUUCAGUGGAAGAUGUUGGACAGCGCAGGAGCCCUUCCCUGAAGAAGAGCCCUAAGGAAGGUGGAAAGGUGGAUGGAGCGGUGAUGGUGACAAUGGAGGAAGAAGAGGAGGUCGUUAAGGAUAGGACACAGCAGAAUAGAUCUCAGUCGCAACAACCAAGCACAGCAGGUUCUCUGACUGGCAGCCCUCACCUUUCAGAGCUCUCAAUCAAUUCUCAAGGAGCACCAGUGGUGGCAAAUAUGUCAUUAUCUCCAAACUUGAGCCCUGAUGCCAAGCAGUCUUCUCCACUGAUCAGCCCAUUGCUGAAUGACCCAUCGUAUAUCAGGACUGAUGAUGAGGAAGAGGUCAGGAGAAAGAGAUUUCCAACUGACAAAGCUUACUUCAUUGCUAAAGAAGUAUCGACCACAGAGCGAACUUACCUGAAGGACCUUGAAGUCAUCACGUCGUGGUUUCAGAGCACAGUGAGUAAAGAUGACUAUAUGCCAGAAACACUGAAGAAUUUCCUCUUCUCCAACUUUGAACCUUUGCACAAAUUUCACACCACUUUUUUGAAGGAAAUUGAGCAGAGACUUGCUCUGUGGGAAGGCCGCUCCAAUGCUCACAUUAAAGGAGAUUACCAAAGAAUUGGUGAUGUUAUGCUAAAGAACAUUCAGAGUAUGAAGCAACUGACAGUUCACCUGCGGAAACACAGUGAAGUUUUGAUGGAGUUGGAGAAUGGGAUCAAGAACUCUCGCAAGCUGGAGAUGUUGUGCAGGGAUUUUGAGUUACAGAAAGUCUGCUACCUGCCCCUCAAUACCUUCCUACUCCGGCCUUUGCACCGGCUCAUGCACUAUAAGCAGAUAAUGGAAAGGCUCUGCAAACACUACCCACCAAAUCAUGUGGACUUCAGAGACUCCAGAGCUGCUCUGGCUGAGAUUUCUGAAAUGGUGGCUCAGCUCCAUGGUAGUAUGAUAAAGAUGGAGAACUUCCAGAAGCUGCAUGAACUCAAGAAAGAUUUGAUAGGCAUUGAUAAUCUGGCAAUCCCGGGAAGGGAGUUCAUUAGACUGGGCAGUCUUAGUAAAUUGUCUGGAAAGGGUUUACAGCAGCGGAUGUUCUUCCUGUUUAAUGAUGUUUUGUUGUACACAAGUAGAGGCCUGACAGCAUCAAAUCAAUUUAAAGUCCAUGGACAGCUCCCACUGUAUGGCAUGACAAUAGAGGAAAGUGAAGAGGAAUGGGGGGUUCCUCACUGUCUUACACUACGAGGUCAACAUCAGUCCAUCAUUGUUGCUGCAAGUACCCGUGCUGAAAUGGACAAGUGGACUGAGGACAUACAGAUGGCGAUAGAUCUGGCAGAGAAAAGCAGUGGUCCCACCCCUGAAUUACUGGCUAGUAGUCCACCUGACAAUAAGUCUCCUGAUGAAACUACUGUAGACCAGGAAUCAGAGGACGAUCUCAGUGCAUCCCGUACCUCACUUGAACGUCAGUCCCCACACCGUGGCAACACUACGGUGCACGUCUGCUGGCACAGAAAUACCAGCGUUUCAAUGAUCGACUUUAGUAUUGCUGUGGAGAAUCAGCUCUCUGGAAACCUGUUAAGAAAAUUCAAGAACAGCAAUGGGUGGCAGAAGCUCUGGGUGGUAUUCACCAACUUCUGUAUGUUCUUCUACAAAUCGCACCAGGACAAUCAUCCUUUAGCCAGCCUUCCUCUCCUGGGGUAUUCACUUACCAUUCCUUCUGAAUCUGAGAACAUUCACAAAGAUUAUGUUUUCAAGUUACAUUUCAAAUCCCAUGUAUACUACUUCAGGGCUGAAAGUGAAUACACAUUUGAAAGAUGGAUGGAAGUGAUCCGAAGUGCCACCAGCUCUGCCUCACGCACCCAUGUUCUAAGUCAUAAAGAGUCUCAUGUGUAUUGAUGGCUAAACAUGCACCAAGCUGACCGUUCUAGCAGUUGCUGCUUUUCUAGAGGACAUUUGAAUAUAUUUUCUUCCUUAAAAUUUAGUACAACUGUUUAAAAAUAACACCACAAAUGGUUUUGCAGCAACUUCCAUUGCAUCAGCAAAGCUGUUUAACCUUAAGUCUUUCACACCUUCCAACUAGUUUCAUGUCCUGUAUUUUUUGUCAUUCUGUGUGCUGUUUUUUAGCUUGUGCCAGUAUUAAAAUAUUGUCCUUAUUCGAG